CCUGCCCCUGCCCUGCUGCCCGGCGCUCAGCGCCAUCGCCUCUCCCCUCGCCCAGCGGCAACGAAUCCGCCUGCCUCGUCAGCUCAUCAUCGCAGCCCGCCAGCAUCAGAUUCUCUCUACUAAACCCUCCUGUUGCGGUUUCUAAUCCGGAUGACCGCCGCGUCCGUCAUUAUCUCUCGUCUCGGAGCCAGCCAAUCGACUCCACCUCACCUUUCCUCCCCCACCACCAGCGGAUUCAUCUAGCUGCAGUUUCCCGCACGGUGGUGGUAACCGCCCUACCACCCACGCCCACCACCACCAUCUUCUCGGCAAUUUUCACCCUCGACUCGACUCCUCCGGGGCGCCUGUCGCCUCCGACCUCCUGCCACCUGCCGACGGCGCAGCCUUGUGUGUCACCGGGGCGCGGCCCCACUCCCCCUGUCUUCUUGCUCACGCUGCUGGCGGCCCCGUUCCCUAAUCUCCAGAGCUCAGAGUUCUGCGGGUUCCUGACUUUGGGUGGAGGCAGGCGUGCGUGGUGAUGGCCGAUUCUUCUUGAGAAAAGCAUGCAGUUUCUCUUUCUCCUCCCAGCAAAGGUGCUCUAGCCGUUCCUGGGUUCGGGUUCUGGGCUCUUGCUUGCUGCUCUGCGGAAUUGGGAACGCUGCGAGGACUGGAUUGGAGGAAAAAUUGUUGCUUGGGAGGAUUUUGGUGGUUGUCCAGCAGCUCGCUAGUGGUUCAGAAUUGGGAGAGCUUUGGAGGAAGAAUUGAGCCCUGGCCUCUUGUUUGGCUUGAAGGAGGCCGAGGAAGUUGCCGCCAAUGGAGCCGUUCAGGCCCUCCCUCUUGAGCUUCCUCAAGUUCCUGCCAUACUUCUGCGGUCUCCUCAUCCUGGGCUUCAUCAAAGGUGUUUUGCUGUGCCCUUGGGCAUGUCUGAUUAUGGCAGUUGGACUAUCUGCACUGAUUCUAGGCUUAUGGCCUAUGCAUUUGAUCUGGACGUACUACUGCAUUAUCAGAACUAAGCUGGUGGGACCUGUAGUAAAGUUUCUGCUUCUUAUUGCUGCUACUGCAAUCUUGAUCAUAUGGCUCAUAAUUGGCAUCCCGGGAAGCGUAUUUGCUGGACUAGUAUAUGGUUUUCUUGCACCUAUAAUGGCAACAUUUGGAGCAGUUGGAGAAGGGAAAGAAAAGCCAUUUGUUCAUUGUUUUGUGGAUGGAACAUGGAGUACCAUCACUGGAAGUUGUACAGUAGUCAGGGAUGUGAAAGACUUGCUUUUCCACUCCUAUUUUUCAAUUAUGGAUGACCUGCGUCUUCAGAAACCUCCUGAUGGGAAACCAUAUGAGAUAAGAUUGCUUGAUAUCCCGGGGGCGUUAAUAGCAGCAGCUUGUGGGCUCUUACUUGAUGGAGUAAUGUUCACUUUAAUUGCCUUCUACAAGUGUCCUGUGAUGCUUUUCAAAGGAUGGAAACGGCUGAUCCAGGAUAUGAUUGGGAGAGAAGGACCUUUCCUGGAGACAGCUUGUGUGCCAUUUGCUGGUCUUGCUAUUCUUCUUUGGCCAUUUGCUGUAGUAGGAGCUGUUCUGGCGUCCAUUCUCUCCAGUAUUCCUUUAGGUGCUUAUGGUGCAGUUGUCGCUUAUCAGGAAUCCUCCUUUAUCAUGGGCCUUGCCUAUGUUGCUUCAUCAGUGUCUAUCUUUGAUGAAUACACGAAUGAUGUUCUUGACAUGGCAGCAGGUUCUUGCUUUCCAAGAUUUAAAUAUCGGAAGAGCAAGGAUGAGUCUUCACAUGGGCACAAUGUUCCAAUAUCUAGGCCAUCCUCAUUCAACAAGGAGAAGCAAGAAGGGAAAAGACCUCCAUCUCGUGUUACUUCAUUUAAGAACAGCAUAGAUGAGUUCAACCCAUUCAAGUUGUUGGACCACCUUUUUGCGGAGUGCAGGCACCAGGGGGAGGAGUUGGUUAACAAAGGAGUGAUAACAAUGAAAGACAUUGAAGAAACGAAGUCAGGCAAAGUUGGCAGUGGUGUUCUUAACGUUGGUCUGCCAGCAUAUGUUAUCCUCAAUGCGCUCCUUCGGUCCGCAAAAGCUAAUUCUGUCGGCCUAAUUUUGAGUGAUGACUCUGAGAUUACAUCUGACAAUAGACCUAGACAUACUCUCUUUGAUUGGUUCUUUGACCCGCUUAUGGUUAUCAAAGAGCAAAUUAAAGCUGAAAAUUUCACUGAAGAAGAGGAAGAAUAUCUGAAAAUGCGAGUACUGUUGGCUGGUGAUCCCAAUCGCCUGAAGGGCGCUCUUCCUGAGGUGCCAUCCUUGAAUGAGCGUAAAAAGGCGGAGAUAGACGCAUUUGCCCGCAGGUUGCAAGGAAUCACCAAAUCAAUAUCAAGAUACCCUACAGCGAAGCGCCGUUUCGACGUCCUUGUGAAGGCGCUCCUGUCGGAGCUCGAGAGGACAAUGGGCGGCAGCCUGUCUACCAAUGGAUCUCAGGCGCAGAGGCUGCGGAACUCGGUGGCCCGGAUGCUGAGCCAGAAAUCCAUGGGCAAGACAGCCAACAUCAGGGACAAAGACCUAGAAGCGCAGAUAACAAGCUCGUCCCGCACUCCCUGAUAGUUUGUAGUUCAACGAUGCGUGUAUGGUGUAUAGCCAAGCUUUGUACGAAUGAGUAGUUGCUGCGGCUUUGAGCUGAUUCUAACCGUUCUCUUGACUGAUCUGUACAUUUUGUGCACUGUACGCAUCAUGUAUGCAAUCAAAUGUUCCAUAUUGUGGUUGCCUA